CGGAACAAAACUAAAGCGUUCCCGCCAUUCAAUUUUUUUCCCAACCUGUGAGUGGAGACAAAGCUUUCUAUAUAAAGUAGUAGUUCCGAAAGGGUUCAAGAUACAAACACUCACUUCAAUUCUUGAAAUUUCUUGAAAUUUAAAGAAAGAGAAGGGAAAAACUUGACUAUGGAAACUUGUAAUAUUCAUCUCCAUAGCACUUUCGCUCUAAAUCAUUCUCACUUCUUCUUCAUCUCAUAAAUAUGUACUGCGUCAAUUCAUUGUCAGGGUUCCACGCCACCAUCCCCAGAGUAGCAGCUUCAACAUCUUGGAAGUACCAUUAUGGCAGCGACUAACAGAGUGCCACACCAUCAUGGUCACAAAUACUCUCAUUUGAUUUUUGGAAACUUGUAAUACAUCUCACAAAUAUUCAUUAUAUUUCUUGAAAUUUAAAGAACGAGAAGAUAACUCUAGUUUGGUUCUGUUACUUUUGUAGAUGUAGUCCGGCGAUCAUGUGAUUAUUUAGUUGUGAUCUGUUACUUUUGAUGGAAUUAUUUCUAUUAGUAGCAGCAUUAACUGUUUCUAAAUUGUGCAGCAACAAAGAUCAUGGUCACAAAAUUAUUAUUCUGCAAGCAUAGAGUAAGUUUGUUAUGCGACCUUUGUACAUUAAUAGGCUAUGGUCUUAUCUGCAUAUGGUAGUUAUGAAGCCUGGAAUUGUUCUUUUAUGAUGAAGAGAAUCAGUCGACAGUUGAAAUAAAGAUGUUCAUGUGAUUUAUGAGGUCGGGGUAGAAAUACUCUCAGUUGAGGAUGUGUAUUCUAAAAAACUUAAGUUUUUAUCUUUCUAAAUUGAUCGUUCAGUUGACAUUGGAAACUUGCAAUGGCUUCAGAUACGGUCAAGAGAAUCAGUGGACCGUUGAAAUAAUAGUAUCACUUGUGAUUUGUGAGGUAGGUUAGGUUAGUACUCUCAGUUGGAGAAGAAUCAUUUUGGGUAAAGUAUGUUAUGCAGUUUUCCUAUUUUAGGAAAAAAAAUAUUGAUAUCUCCUGAAAUAUUUUAGGGGACAGCUUAAAUUGGACCCUCGCAUAGCACUUUCGGCAUAUGGUACAUGGGUGCUACUAUGUAUGUGGUGAAUGGUUCUCUUAGUUUGUCAAAGGUCAAGGAUCCUCUUAGUUUUUUUAUUUUGUUUAUUUUAUUUUAUGAAGUAAGUAGAUUCAUUGUUGGCAUCAAGAAGAUGCUACCUGUACAAAAGAGAUGCUGUCAGAUUCAUUACAAUUGUCUAUGCUACAAAAAGGCUAUACCAAAACCAUUUAGAAUGUUAGCCCAAGUCCCAAGGAGGCAAAAAACUAGUUUAUGUGCAACUUCCUCUUAGGCUUGUAUAUGUUCUUUGGUAUCCUUCAAUAACUGAACCCGUUGUCUUGGAUUUGAUCAGUAGAUAUCUCAAACAGUUCUCAUUAUCUAUUCAUCUUCCUAUCAGUUACACUACAAAUCAUUCUUCCCCCUUAUGAAUAUGUACUGUGUCAAUGCAUUGCUAGGGUUUAAGAUACCAAGACUCGCUUCAAUAUGGCGGUGCCUAACAGAGUCGAAUAAUUCCAUGUUGCCAUCAUUUUUCUUGAAAUUUAAAGAACGAGAAGAUAAAUCAUGAGGAUUUCCUGUUGAUACAUACAACUUCUUGUGGGAGGGACAAAGAUCAUGGUUACAAAUACUCUCAGUUGUGCAGGGACAAAUAUUUCUAUUAUGCGACUGGUUCUCGUGUAUUAUCACAUUUGUCAAAGGUCAAGCUUCCUCUUAGAUAUCUCAAAAACUGCUGCCUGGCCCUUCUAAUAUUGAAGAUGUUGUGGGGAAACAUUUCUUUAUCUGGUUCUUGUUUGAUGGGUAAGGAUUUAUUAUUCUGAGAACCGUAGGAAUUGUGAUAAUACAGCUGAAGGGUUGAUUCUGUUACACCAAUGAUGAGAAAACAUCCUGCUAUAAAGAAAUGAAAUUUAUCUAUUUAGAACGGAAUUGCACCAGGGAGGCAACACAGGACCAAAUCUGUGGAGAAAAUUAUGCUUAUCAACCUUGAAUAGCUGAGGGAUGUAAAACCAAAAGUUAACUAGAUUUCUUCUCUUUUACUUUACUGAGUUCAGUAUACUCUAGAUUUGAAAACGCUCAUUUGAUGCCUAUUAGGUCUAACCUAUUUGCUUAGAUCGCUGCCUUCGUAUUUCAGUAUAGGAUCUUAUAUGUUUGGAGUAAUCAUUUCUACUAAUUUACUAAUCUUCAGGUCUGAUGAUAUGACCUAGGGACUCUCUAAGCCAGAUACGGAAUGUUAUGUCCAUACUCAGUAGCUACAAGAUUAAAGCCGGCACAGCACCUGUGUCUGAUGCUCUCUUUACAAAGUACAGAGAUUUUACAACCAACUGUAUGUCUGUUCUAGUGCAAAUCCACGAGAGUUUAAUUCCUUGCUCAGGGUCAUAUGCAAUACUGUUGAGUUUCUACAACUGAAAUAGCAUAUGCAUGCCAGUGAAUAUCUCCCCCUUUGACAUUUAUCCUUAUGGGGAUGCUCAUGUAGAUAGAUGAAUCAGCCUUGAUUUAAAUGUUAAUUGAAAUGAUAAAUUAACCAAUCUAUAACUUUUAUUAAAAUAUUGAUUGAUCCAUGACCAUAUACGUCGAGCUAAUAUCAUUUAUGUAAAGGUGACUUACUCGUGCUUUCCAUUGAUUUUCUAUAUCCGACUUCAGGAAAGGAAUCCCUUCUUUUCUGCUCUGCAUUUAAAGAAGAAGUGAUCUAAAGUGUGGUACUCUAUGUGAUUUUAUGCAGUGGGCUUCUCCAAGCAUUUUGAUUGAUCUUAUCCAUACAAGUUUGUCUUUUGUACAGAAGGGCCAAUUAUAUGUCCUUGGGACUCUCUGAACCAGAUAUGGAGAUGCUAUGUCUAUGCUACACCAAGUAGCUACAAGAUUAGGGCCGGCAUUGCACCUGUGUCUGAUAGCAUCUUUACAAGGUAUAGUGAUUUUACAGCCAACUGUAUGUCUAUUCAAGUGCAAAUCCACGAGAGCUUAAUUCCUUCCUCAAGGUAAUAUGCAAUACUGUUGAGUUUCUACAACAGUAUGCCCUUAAAGCCAAUGUAUACCACGAUCUAGGAUUCAGAGUCUGCCGUUCUUGAGAUAUCAAGGAAGCAUAGGAUGAUAACAACACAGUCAUUGAGUGGGCAGUCGCUAAGGAGAUGAAAACAUUGUUUACAAGAAAGGCAACUUGUGUGUACUGCAAUGCUUUUCUUGUUCUUUGUGUGCUGUGAAAAAAGGAAAUGGCUUCCCUGGCUCGUGCUUCUGUUUCUGAGGAGGAAUGCAACAAAGGACUUCUUGAAGUUGGGAAUGAGCUUCUUCGGCAGCCCCCAUCUUCUAAAGAGGAGCUUCUGGAGAAACUUGAUAACUUAGAACAUCUUUUGUCAGUGGUGAAGCAAGUUCCCCCUGCUUCAGUGCGAGAUGCUUUUCGGCCUGCAAUGGAAGCACUAGUUACAGAUGGACUUCUACGGCAUCCUGACAUAGAUGUGAAGGUGUCAGUUGCAUCUUGCAUCAGUGAGAUCAUGAGAAUUACAGCUCCAGAUCAACCAUAUGAUGAUAGCAGACUUGAGGACUUUUUUGAGCUUGCAGUUUUGAUGUUUGGGAAAUUGUAUUGCUUGGAGGGUCGCUGUUAUUCAAAGUCUGUGUCAAUUAUUGAAGUUCUUGCAAAGUACCGAACGUGUGUGCUGAUGUUGGAUCUCCAGUUAGAUUCAUUGAUUGUUCAGAUGUUUCAACAUUUUUUGAAUAGUAUAAGGCCAGACCACCCUGAUCAAGUAUUCAUGAACAUCGAAGAAAUAAUGACCAUGAUAAUAGAAGAGAGUGAAGAAAUUCCAAUGCAGCUUCUGAACGUCCUUGUGAGAAUCCUCCUAAUUAGUGUUAAGAAGGAAAAUCAGAAUGUUUCACCUCGUUCCUAUGUGCUGGGAGAGAAAGUUCUUCAAGAAAGUGCUGUCAAACUUCAUCCAUAUCUUCCAAAAGCAGUGACGGACCUCGGCAUUUCCUUUAACAAAUAUUCAGAAGUUGUUGAAUUAAUGUGGAGAGAGGCGAUUAAAAGUAAAGCUAUGGUGGAAAAUGUUCCCGAAGAGCUUGCACCACAUGCUGCACCUGAGAGAGUUGCUCUGUUCUUAGAACAACCUCUUGUUUUGCUAGGGACAGAUGAUCCCAAGCAUAAGAGCGACGAUGUCAUUCUAGAAACGGAUACAACUAUAAAGGAAUCAGAAUGUGGAUAUGCAAUGAAGCAGCAGAAAAGUACCGAUUCAAGGACCACUACGCAAUCUGAAGACUUGGGUUUCAUAAAUGAAGCCAAAAAAGCACUAGAUCCGGAAGCUACUCAAACUUCAAAAAAAAGAGGUUGGAAACCUACUUUUUUGAAUAAACCAGAGGAAGGAUAUGAUGAUACUUGGAUAAGUGGAGAAAGGAGAUCAAAAGCCCAUAUUCUCUUGAAGAGUCGUGGGAAAGAUACUAAAAAGAGGAGUAGCAGUUCACCUAAAUGUGCACAGUUUUCAUCAAUUUCAGUAAGAGAUUCAUCAGAAGCUAUAACCAAGAAGGAAGUCUCAAAACCUACGUCGUUAGCUUCUGAAGAAUUUUCUGUUGUGGAGCCAUCAGAGAAACAUGAAAAAGAUGACAAGAAAACUGUACCUUCCAGAUAUUGUGAUAAAAGACGGCUGUCAUCAGUUGGAGAAUCAGGAGCUGAGGCUCUGGAUUCUGUCUCAAACACCAAAGAAAGCAAUUUCCCCAAAGCCUGUAAAAAACAACGUAAACAAUGUAAAAGGAAGAACUCGCCAUCACAAGAAGAGGGAAAAGCAACUGAUGAUCCGACUCCUCCAACAGCGACCAUGCAGCAUAAUUUAACUUCACAAGGAGUGCACCAAAAUAAAGGGGUCGAGGUGGAUGUGCAUGGCUAUAAAGUAAAAGUGAGCAGUGCUCCUAUACUUGCUGCCAUUUUUGCCAAAUAUGGUGACAUUGCAGUCAACUGUCACUAUAAAUCACUGGCUUCCAGAGCUUCCCUUCUUGAUCUAGUUUGUGAUGUUGUAAAGAGGCUGAAAACCGGUGAUGUUGGCUCUUAUUCCAUCAAAUAUAUGAAAUCUUUUGUCUCUGCUGCCGCAGAUGUCAAGCUUGAUGUAACUUGGCUGCAGCAGUAUCUGGAUGAGAUUUCAAAAGAGGAGGAUAUGGAGAAAAAGUUAUGUAUGGAUAUCAAUGUCCUUCUUCGUUGAAUUGUGGACCAAGACAUCAAUUUCUCUGUAAAAUGAGUUUAUUAACAUUCUUUUUAUCAACACAUAAUGUUUUUGUUGGCUAUCCUUUGCUCCAACAAUAUUUUGGAUUCCUCAAACCAUCUGAUUGAUA